GUGCACUAUGUGUCGUGCUCGGCCACCGGCGGCUCGUUCACCCUCUCCUUCCGCGAUCAAACGAGUCCUCUGAUCCCAUGGAACGCCAACGCUCAAACUGUGGAGGAAGCGCUCAACGCUAUCACAUCGGGCGUCACGGUCACGCUCCAUGGCGGCAGUGCGGUCGCGUGCAGUGCCAAUGGUAACGUAGGCGGGAUCCUUGGUAUCACUUACCUUCGCGACUAUGGUGCCUUGCCGUGCAUCCUCACAGACAACAGUCUCUUGACGCAUGCGGGUAACGGGAACGGUCUGCCGGGCACAGGGGCCACAAUGGGAGGCUUGACGUCCGUCGUGGGGACAAAGGAAAACGCACUCUGCUCCAAUCACGGCACCUGCGACUACACGACGGGUGCGUGCAAGUGCGAUGCCUUCUUUGCAAGUUCCGACGGACUUGGCGGUCCCGGCACGCGUGGCGACUGUAGCUAUCGCAAGCCCUUUUAG